AUGUUGCAGGGCUGCAGGCUGCUGCUCUGGCAGGUGGCUCUCAGGUUGUCGUAUCACGUGGUAACAGCCAGUCUGUGUCUGGGGGGGUCAGACAUCUUUGCCUCGGUCAGAGAGAACAGUCCGACGGGUCAGUUCAUCUGGGCCUUUAUCUCACCUGGACCUGUUCAGGGAUCAGUGCUGAUUGCAGAGCUCACCUGUUAUGAGGAUGAUGUCAUACAGACUCAGUACAGGAUCCUGGUGGAGAUCGUCAACGAGAACGACAACACACCAAACUUCCUGAAGGAGACCAUUCAGCCGUUCACCAUCAGUGAGCUGACAGGGGUGAAUUCGGUCGUUUUCACGGUGAAGGCCAUUGAUGCAGACGGAGACAUCAUCAGUUACAUCAUCGAUGAAUCAGCGGGCGACGCAGCGUUCUUCAGGGUGGAUCUUCCAAACAGUGGGGACGUGGUUCUGAACAAACCUCUGGAUUACGAGAGCAGGACUCAGCUGCAGGUGACCAUCUGGGCUCAGGAAGCGAACACUGCAGAGAAGUUCAACACGUCCACUGUCCUCAUCGUCAACAUCGAGGACGGAGACGACCAGUACCCUCACUUCCUGCCCUGCACACCUGUGUCUCCAGGUGUUCCUGUCUGCAUGAACCCCACCUACACAGCCAACAUCACACACAAACACCAGGACGGUGUGAUGGAGUUUUCUCCUGGACCAAUCAGAGCAGAGGAUGGAGACCGAGGAAUCAACACCUCUCUGAUCUACAACAUCCUGUCAGCAGGUGACGACCGGGGCAGGUUUGUGAUCAACAACAGGACAGGUGAGCUCAGGUUAACCAGAGCGGUGAACGACCGACGACUGGAGACGAACUUCACACUCAGCAUCAUGGUGUAUCAGGAGGAUGACCGGCUGAAGUACAGCGUGGCGUCAGUUCUGAUCCGGGUUCUCAGUGAGAAUGCCUUCCCGCCGGUCUUCAACAGAACCACCUUCAAAGGUUUCAUCAUCCAGAGCUCUAGCCCCGCCUCCAUCGUCUCCACCUACGGGAACCAGGUGUUACAGAUCCAGGUGUUGGACCGUGACUUCCCUGACGGCCUGAAUCCAAACAUCCACUACUCCCUCCACCCCCCAUCCGGACUGUACCAAGUCACCCAGGGCGGGGUCCUGAUUGCCAGGACAGACCGCUUGCACGCCUUCGACAGACACAUACUGCAGGUCGUUGCCAGAGAUGAAGAAUCAGGAGAAGAAGCUUCAGCUUCAGUCGACAUUGAAGUUCUGCAGAGAGGACAGACAGUCCCUCGUGGUGCGUUCACGGAGCAGCAGUUGUUCGGAGACGUGGACAGCAGACUGGCUGGAGGCAUCGCAGCGAUGAUGGUGCUCCUGUUUCUCUCGGCUCUUCUGUUAGUGCUGCUGCGCACUGUGAGGAGAAGGCGACUACAACCAAACUCUGGCGAUCCCGCCACUGUUGCCCUUGGGAAACAUCCCAAUGUGGGGUCCGACGAGUCGUCAUUCAGCAACAGAGCUUUCAGUCAUCACUACGAGUCUUCAUCACAGUCACAGAGUCUUCACGGCCGACAGGGUGUCUACACCAGGAAACACUCUCUGCCUCCUCUUCCUCCUCCUUCGUCAUCAUCGAACAUCAUCAGCCAUCCCACAGGAAGACUCACGUUUCACUCUGACCUGUUUCCUGUCUCAGAGAACAGACCAAUCAGAGGACCCGUACAGGACCAUCUGUCCAUCUGA